AACAGACUGAUAUAACUGACCCUCCUCCUCCUCCCCCAGCUCUGGACAGCCUCUCCAGCUCUCUGCCUCUGUGUGGCUGUGCUGGUAAAGAGAUGGGGACUUGAUGUUAGAAGCAAUUAAAGGAGUGUCUCUCUCUGCAGGCAGGAGUGGCCGGGCUUCCACUGCACCUUAAUGUCCGACCAGUCCUCCAGCUGUCUGAUCUCAGAGCUGCUCCAACCCUCCUCCUGCAUCUGCCUGCCAUGACUGCUCCUCUUCAUCUCCCAGCUCUGCUCGCUGCAGCUCUGCUGGUCGCGGUGGAGGCUCAGCUCCAGCUGCUGCCCGGCUCCUGCAGCUUCGACCAGGACACAUGCGGAUACACGUCGGACCCAGCGUUCGCCUCAUGGACGGUCAACGAUGAAGGUCGCUUUAUAACAGCAGACUCUGCGUUCAUGGAGGGAAAUGACCGGGCCGUUUUGGUGAGCCCUGAGCUUGAGAUCUUUGAGUGGAGCUGCUUGCGUCUGGUCUAUCAGAUCACAGGGACAGGCUCCAUCCAAGUCCACCUCCGCCCCCAUGGUGAGAACUUCGACUACACGCUGUGGACAGCGGACAAGCCUUCCGACAGCUGGCUCAUAGCCAGUGUAGACCUCCGAAACGUUUCCAGGACCUACCAGCUUUUAAUGGAGGCUCGGCCCAACCAAGACUCAGGAAACAGUAUCGCCAUCUUUGAAAUUCACAUCAUCCCUGGCUACUGUAUAGAGUGCAACUUUGAGGAGCACCACUUGUGCGGCUACAGUAACCAGUGGAACCCCAAUGUGAACUGGUACGUGGGAGGCAGCCUUGCCCGAGACCCUCAGUCCAACCUCCCUGACGACCACACCAUGAACAACCAGAGAGGUCACUACAUGUAUGUGGACUCGGUCUAUGCUAAGAGGUUCCAGGAGGUGGCUAAGCUGGUGUCGCCGAUGACAACAACUCCCAUGGCUGGAUGCUUGUCCUUCUACUACCAGAGGAACCAAGCCAGAGGCAACUUCUUCUCAGUCUUCACAAGAGACCAGCUGGGACACUAUGAGGAGAUCUGGAGGCCGGACGUCUACGCCACCCAAACCUGGAAACAAGUCCAGGUUGACAUACAGGCGCAGCAUCCAUUAGAGGUGGUGUAUGAGGUAGCGUUCAACAGUCCUCGCGGUGGCUUUGUGGCUGUGGAUGACAUCAGCUUCUCUUCCCAGUUCUGCCACAAUGAAACAGAGCCCACCUUUGACCCCUCCGUGGCUAACUGUGACUUUGAGGACAGUCUGUGUCAGUACUACCAGGAGCGUGUUGGGGGGGCUGUCUGGAACAGAGUCUCUGUGAGACCAAACAUCUACCGGAUUGGAGACCACACUACUGGCUCUGGGUCCUACCUCCUGGGUAACACUCGUUUCACCUCCCGCCCGGGUUAUGUGGGCCGUCUGCACGGACCGUACCUUCCAGGGAACCAUAAGUACUGUCUCAGGUUCUACUACGCUCUGCAUGGCUUCAGGAAGAUUGACAACGCUCUGGCUCUUUAUCUCUAUGAUGAGAAGAACGUAGCUCAGGAGAAGAUAUGGACCGUGUCUGAGGGCUACAGAGACAUGUGGACGGAGGUGGAUGUUACCUAUGAGAAACCCAUGGCCACUAAGAUAGUAUUUGUCAGCAUUUGCAGAAACUUCUGGGACUGUGGGCAGGUAGCUGUUGAUGACAUCACAGUGACACUCGGGGACUGCCGUGUAACCACAGGGCCGCUUCGACCUCCAGCAGGACACUGCUACUUUGAAACAGGUGACUGUGGUUAUACUCAGGAGAAGAGGAGUAAGAAAGGACACUGGUUACGCAUCAGGGGACAUACGCCUACCUCCUACACAGGGCCUAAAGGGGACCACACCUUAGGGGUAGGGUACUUCAUGUACAUUGAGGCGUCCUAUAUGCUGCCUGGUCAGUCUGCACGGCUGCUAUCUCCAGAGCUCCGAGGCUCUAUAGGACCACAGUGCCUGACCUUCUUCUACCACAUGUAUGGAUCGGGAACGGGCACUCUCAGCAUCCUGCUCAGACGUGGAGACAGCCUGAAAGAGAGGCUGCUCUGGAGCAGAAGAGGAGAACAGAGCAUCUCCUGGAUGAAGGCCACAGUGGAUUAUGAAUGUUCAAUCAGGCACAAGAUUAUAUUUGAAGCCGUCCGAGGCUCUUCAAUACGAAGUGAUAUUGCUAUUGAUGAUAUUGUGUUCAAAAAUGGACCAUGCAAAGAUCCUGGAGACAGCAUCUCAUACUCAGGCUUCUCUGAAAACUUCAAUGAGAUUGAGUACUGAGCGAGGCACUGGAAUUUUGAUGUGUGUGUUGUAUCUGUGUGUGUACUGGGGUGGGCUUGUUUUGGGGAGUGUAGAGAAAGAUGAUUUUUUUUACUAUGCAUGACAAAGCUGACAGAUACACGGUUCAUUCUUCCUCUCCAGUCUGAGAUGAACGAUGACUAGCUGAUAAAACAUAGCCAGUUGUUUUUGGAGAUCACACAGACAGCUUGGGAACUGUCUGGUUUUCUACGUCUUGUUUAACUGUUUCUUUAUCGGUUUCUUUUUUUAUUCUGUGUUGACGUUACCCAGCCUUCUGCCUUCAUCAGUGUAAAGCUGACUGUUAAAGGUGUGAUUGUUGCUGAGGUGAAAGUUUGGCUAAGUUUAAGAACUACAAGUACAGUUAUUUGCUAUGGACACUUUGUAUUUAUGUAGAAUAAAAAUGAUUUUUUUUUUUCUAAGUCAGUGAUUAAGUCUAAGGUCAGUGAUCACAUCAGGUAAUAAAUAUUCUGAAUAAACACUGACCU